CAUUAAUAAUGAUCAUUAUGUUGUCCUUAGGUGUGGAGUUCGGAGCAAGGAUGAUCACUAUAGAUGGCAAACAGAUAAAAUUGCAGAUCUGGGAUACGGCUGGCCAGGAGUCAUUCCGAUCCAUCACCAGGUCUUACUACAGAGGUGCAGCAGGAGCACUGCUAGUCUAUGACAUCACAAGAAGGGAUACCUUCAACCACUUGACAACCUGGUUAGAGGACGCUCGCCAACAUUCUAAUUCCAACAUGGUUAUCAUGCUCAUUGGCAACAAGAGUGAUCUGGAGUCGAGGAGAGAGGUGAAGAAGGAGGAAGGUGAAGCAUUUGCCAGAGAACACGGUCUCAUAUUCAUGGAGACCUCCGCCAAGACUGCCUCGAAUGUAGAGGAGGCAUUCAUCAACACAGCCAAGGAGAUCUAUGAGAAGAUCCAGGAGGGAGUGUUUGACAUCAAUAAUGAGGCUAACGGUAUUAAGAUUGGACCCCAGCAUCCUACCACUAACUCCCCACUGUCCGGUAGUCAGGGAGGACAGAAUGCUGGAGGAGGAUGCUGCUGAAGUCCCAGAACUCACCUGCAUCCCGACCCUCGUCCUCACCCUGUGCGACCCUCCCUUACGUUUCUAUGGAACUGUCUGGGCUCGCUAACAGUUUGUUAAUCUCUCUUUCUCUCCACUGCUCCAUUUUGUUCCUUCAUUCAUCUCUCGCUCUCUUUUUCUCAGCCGUGCCCACCCCCAAUAUCUCAUCCACAUCCAGGAGUCUGAAGAAUAUGUCCCAAUAAAUCUAGUCUUUAAGCGGACAGUCAGCUUUACUUUAUCUUCCUAUGUUGUUUUUUUUAUUUUGCAGUUUAUUUCCACUUCUUUAAUUUGCCUUUUUGUGUGUAUGUGUGCAUGGGUUGGGGUUGAUGUAUUUUAAUAUUUUUUAUGUGUUAAGCUAAAUGAAGUGUUGCACAUUUUGCUGGAGCACAGUUCCUGCAUUCCAGACUCUGUCGUCCAGCAGGUUAAUUUGCAGAUCCUUAGAAAUUCACAAUCAUUCUGUUGGAGUAUUUCAGUACUUCGGAGUCACAGCAAAACUCUGUCUUUGGUAAGUGUACUCUGACUCUGUCAGUUUGAGGCAGGAAGUGACUAUGUAGUGGGUAAUAAAUAGUUUUGAACUGACUGAGGAAUAAAGCAUGAACUAUGUUGUCUGUCAGCACAUCUGUACAUGUCUUUAAAGAAAUGAUGCAGUCAGUUAAAAGCAGGACUUGUUUCUACACGUCAUUUUUUUUUCCUUUGCCUGCUUAUAGGGGCGAUAGUUAUUCCUGUAUCUCAGUUUUGUAAAGUGAAGGAGGCGCUCAAAUCACUUUGUAUGUCAGCCAACAACCUUCAACGAUGUGUAAAUUUCUUGCACCCCCCGACUCAUUUCACAGUAGGAUCUUUUUGUCUUUGAUGUUUAUGUCCUUUUUGUCAACUUUGUAUUUAAAGAACACUACACACUGGUUGUGGCUUCUAAAAGCUCUUUUAAAUUGUUUGGGCAAAGGGAAUAAAAGAGCAAACUGGGAGUGAAAAUGGUUCCUUUGGGAGUGAAAACAAGCUGCGAGUCUUAAUGGCAAAGUGGAAACGUGAAGGGAUGUUGCGCAGUGGCAGCCAUGAUGAAGUUAAGAAGGAAAAUAGAGCGGAAAUCAAGAUUAUUAAUUUUUUUCUGUAACUUUAUUUACCAAGCACAUUUCUGUGUAUAUAUGGCUCAAAGUUUCUCUAGCUGCCCUUUUCUGUUUGUUUUUGUUUUUGUAUGUGUGUGUCUGCUAGGGGAAAGAUUGGCAUGUGUAGUUACUUACCAGGGCUUAAAAAAAAGAUUGAACCUUUUUAAAAUGGCUAAUACUGUACAGUAGCUGAUAGGUGCCAAAUCAUGUCAAAAUGAAGAUAUUACUAGCAAAUGCAGAAAACAUUUGUAAAUACACAGAAACACCUGCAUCAAUUCUACAACAGGUAGUUGCACCAAGAAAAAUAUUGCAAUUUGCAAACACAGUGAAUACAAACGUAACUGACUGCUCGUGUAACAGUUUGAUUUGAUAACAAAUCCACAUAACUCAUGCAAACACAAACGCUUUGUGAAGGUUGACAACACAACAAAACUACUUAAGAGAAAAAAUAAAUUGUGCUUGUGUUGUAUUUUGUUGUGACAUUACUGCUUCUGCUCCGUUGUGAAGCUUUCUGCAUUUGUGUGCAUUGUGUGAAUUUGCAUCAGAUGCAUUUUCAAAUUAAACUGUUGCAUGUGCUGCAGGUUAAAAAUGCUCACAGUUUUAUAAGCAUUUUUCUCCAGUUUGUAAGAUGUUUUUUGAUACAACUAUCUGUUGUUGAAUUGGUGGUGGAUUUUUGCAUUUGUGCAUGUUUGCUGCUUUUCUUUUAAUUUUGAAAUGAUGUUGUACUUAUUAGUAUUUUCAACAACUCUCAUUCAAAUCCAGAGGUACCAAGCCGUCCUGUUCCAUCUGGGAUGGUUGUGCCCUUCCUUUUAAAUGACACGUAGGAACGAUAACGGCAGUUUAAAGAGGUAAUAUAAAGGCAUUGAAAGUCCCUGAUGAAGAACAGACUCCAUCUGAAAAUGUCACUCUCCUUUUUUAACCAGGCUGAGAUCUCCACCAUGAAUUAUCUGGCACAUAUUUAAUACAGACUAUUUAGAGUUUGAUGGAUGACUACAAUGCUGUAAUGUUUUUGCUUCAAGAUCCCAAAAUGUAAUGAUCACCAUUUUACUCUUAUGACAUAUUUUGCUUCUACAAUUACUUAUCCUUCAUUCCUUCCCUUUCCUGUUUUCACACACACUGUACAACAGUACAGCUUCAUUUUUUAUGCCAAAUAAUUGUUUACCUGUAUUUUUGUCAAAAUAGACCCAAUGAUCUGAUCUGGUGUCGGCUGUCUGCCUUAACGCCAUAAUGCCCCCCCCCGAGAGAUUUGUACAACUGCUACAAUGACAGACCGAUCAGUUAUCUGCAAGUCGGCAUUAAACCACUAACUAGCUAGUUGACGGUUACAUUAGGCAUUGAUGCGCAGUUCUAAAUGAGUAUAUACUUAUAAAUAUGCUUAUGCAGCGUCUCAGUUUGAAUUCAGCAGUCGUGUAUAAUAAUGUGGCUUUUGUAACAAAUCCAACCCCCCCCCCCCCCCCCCCCCAAAUGUUUUAAAUUUCUCUGUUGUUGAAUACGUACCUCUCCCAUCCCUUCUGUGCACAUGUUCACACCCAUCCUACACGUGAUGCAUACCUGUAGGAUUUCUCUCCAGGCUCAUUGUACAAAUGUAAGGAGUUUUUGAGUUUUGCUGCAGUGUGAGUAUGUUUUGAAGCUCGCAUUUUUUUUAUUCACUAGAUAUAUCCUGAUAUUAUUAAUCUUACGAUGUUUUGUGUGUGUGUGUGUGUAUGUAUGUAUGUAUGUAUGUAUGUGAGUGCGUGUGCGUGUACUCAGAGGGGUUACGGGAGGAUCAAGUCAAACCUGACAUCUAUAACUAUGGAUUGAUCUAUUUUAUCUAUGUCACCCCUCUCUCGCUCUCCCCUUCUCUUCCUGCCUCUCCUCCUCCCCCCCUCAAAGUUAUUUGCUGUGUUUGUUCUUUGGAAAAAAUUAACUUUAAAAAAAAGAAAAAAAUUAAAUGCUAUCACAAUAAACUAUAAUAAAUAUUCUAAACUCAA